AUGCUGUCCCGCCUGAAGAAGGCCCGGCGCCCCCACGGCUACGAGUGGAGCACCUUUGGGUACGAGAUCCUGUCGAACGUUAUGCCCGCGGACUACAACCUGGUGGGGAAGGAGAUCGUCCUGAGGCACAACUCCCGGAACGUCUUCCGCGCCACGAUCCGGGCGGAGAGCUGCCUGGUCGUGCUGCUGAAGGACCUGGAGAGGAGGGGGAAGGAGGCCGGGAACCGGCACAUCUCCGGCUUCUGCUGCGUGGCGGAGCGCACCAGGAUCGGCGGCGACCAGACGCUGCGGGGCUUCGUCGAGGCCCACCUCACCCGGCUGCUCAGGAGCAUGGCGCACGGCAUUAUUGCGCGGGUGGACGGGUUCCGCGUGGAGGAGGAAGGGAGGGAGCAAGACAAGGAAGAGACACCGGACGUGAUCAUGUUCGAGCCCGGUGACCCGCCUGCAGACCCGUCGGACACGACCUACCCGUUGCUGCGGCCCAUCAACCCGUCCGACCCGGCAUGCACCUGGCCGCUGGUGAUCUACGGGGGCCAGACGCAGGGGGUGGAGACCAACAGGGAGUGGCUGAACUUCCUCCUCAUGUGCCAGUGCAUCGCCAACACCCUGGGGGUGAGCCACCAGGAGGCGGUCUACCACAACUGCAUCAAGAUGGAGAUGGCGAGGAGACAGGUCCCGCACAUCUCACACUUCCACUGCGUACAGCGCCUCCCGGGUGGGGAGAUGGCCAAGAUCGGCGAGCUGGACCUCCUCGUCGAGCUGGCGACGGGGAACUACCUCGUCGAGCUCAAGGUGUGCGCGCAGUGGAGAAAGUUCGAGAACCAGAUCAAGAAGUACAUCAACGCAGUCCACUCCAUGGGGUACCGGGCGGCGGGGGCCGCAAUCGUCAACUUCAACCCCAAGGGCGUCAUCGAGCCGCCACGCCCCCGCGCCCAGUCUGUAGUGCACAGGGCAUCGUAUUUAAGCCACCGCGGUCGGGUAUCGCGCAUCAUGGUUGAAUUUUUCGAUUACUUCAAUUUGUUGGAAUUCAACAUCAGCGGCACUAGGUCCGAUGUGGUCUUCUACUUUCCCGUGGCGAUGCUCUGCGGCAUCAUCGAGUGUUUCUGGGAACAUUUCAAACCCAAAAAGCUGGUGGACAUACCUGAUAUUGCAAAGUACAAAGACAGAACUGUUUACAUGCAAGAUUUGAGCAGAGUCAACAAGCAAAACAGUGAGAUAGAAGAUGAAAACGAGGCCAUGAAACAGAAGGCCAUCGAUACUGUAGUCAAGAAUUUCUCAUUGGAUUCGGAUAACAAGAAGAUGAAACUUGUUACAAACAUGAGAUCCUCUAGUGUUGAACAAUGGGAAAAAUCCAGAGAGAUGACAAAGGAUAUGAUACCUACGCUUGAUGAAUUUGGUGUAUGCGUUCCAGGAAGAUCAAGAUCAUUGAUCAAAGAUUUUGAAUCACAAGAAAAGGGGAUUCAAUACAGUGCAGACAGACUUCAUAAGAAGAUCAAGGCAAUGGAGAAGGAUAAGAAGAUCAAGGAAAUGGAGAAGGGUCAGAAGAUCAAGGAAAUGGAGAAGGGUCAGAAGAUCAAGGCAAUGGAGAAGGGUGGUGUUGAAGAUGACGAGAAUAAUUAUUUCGUACAUGAUGUGACCUUGCUGAAACAGAACUGUAGAGAUUACGAAACACAAAUCAAAUAUACGUUCAAAAUUUUAUUCCCUAACUGUAUGAAAGCCAAAUCCAAAUCCAUCAAGAAGAAAGGCUUUUCAGCCAAGAAAGCAAAGGUUACGUCCACCUCAGCCGAAUCCAUUCAACCUGUGCAAGAUCAGGAUCAGCAGCCACCCGGCGAAAAACGUCGUCGUACUCUCACCGAGGAGCGGCAGGUUACCGCGGAUCAGCCGGUCACACCGACCCAGCCAGUGCAGGAGCUGCCCCAGCCACAGCGUCCCAUCGCAGCCAUCGUCAUUUCUGACGACGAUACGAAGGAGCAGAAAGCGGUUGCUGACAAGGAAAGGAAGAAGCAGGAAGCGAAGCACAGGGCAGCUUUCCGCAAAGGCAUCGUCGAUGAGAUGCUCGCCAAGAUACAGGAGUGCAAGGACGACCCCAAUGGCAGGGAGAAAUUCCAGGAGUACUUCGCGGAGAAGAACUAUGGCGGGAUAGAAGAAGCGAUGAAAAGUUAUAAUUCAUGGACUGGUUCAUUGCUUUUGAAGAACAGAUUGCAACAGUUUGUGGCUUUCUGGAUUAAUGUCCCGCCAUUGAAUCCCGUCUGA